AUGAAGGUCAGCAACAUUGCCCUGACCGGUGCGGUGCUCGGCAUGGCCCAGGCUAGCCCUAUUGCUACCCGUGAAGCUAUCACCGACGCCGAUAUCCUCAACUAUGCCCUCACACUCGAGCACCUCGAGGCUACCUUCUACGCGGAGGGUCUCAAGAACUACACCCACGAAGAUUUCAUGAAAGCUGGCUUCAAAGACCCAUUCUACGCCAACCUGCAAGAGGUCGCUUCGGACGAGAAGAAACAUGUGGACUUCCUGACACAGGCGCUAACCGCUGCCGGUGCUUCUCCCGUCAAACAAUGCACCUACUCCUUCCCCUCGACCGAUGUAAAGACCUUCCUAGCCCUUGCUAGCGUCCUUGAAGGUGUCGGUGUUAGCGCCUAUCUCGGUGCUGCUGCGUCCAUUGCCAACAAAGACUAUCUUACCGCUGCUGGUAGCAUUCUGACAGUUGAAGCCCGCCAUAGCGCCUACCUACGCGCCACUAUUGGCGAAGUUCCCUUCCCCCAGCCUUUUGACGAUCCUCUCGACCUUGACGAGGUGUACACCGUUGCAUCGCCUUUCAUUACCUCAUGCCCCUCCAGCAACGGAAAGCUCCCGGUGAAGGCAUUCCCUUCGCUGACGUUGAAGUCAACCCACACCGUCACCAGUGGCUCUAAAGUCAGCUUAGUGGCCGGCAGUGGCUUCGACGAUUCCAACCCAAGCAACCUACACGCUGCUUUCAUUACUGUCACUGGACCUAUCUGGACUCCUCUCCACUUCACGGGUGAUAACUCCUUUACUGCGACUAUCCCUAAUGGUAUUUCGGGCCAGAGCUACGUCGUAAUCACCAAGGGCAAGAGCCAGGUUACCGACGACAAUAUUGUCGCCGGCCCUGCUAUUAUUGAGGUAAUCUAG